CCCAACAAUCAUGGCAUCCGCCUACCUCGGCCCUGAAACACAUCGGCCUCUGUCGGUGAUAUCCGAAAGUUUCCAGUCUCGGUACCGGAUACCCAGGUUGAAUUCAUGGACCGCCUACUUUUUAUCACGGCCACGCCCUCCCGACUACCAGCCAAUCGCUUGACAGUCCAGAGAAGCGGGGCGGAGCUUAUGGCGACCCCUCAAGAGACCAACCUGAAAUACAUCAUGGAAAUGUGCCCGGACGAACUGAGCGAGCUCCGGCGGACUUCGCUUACUGACGAUCUGUUUAAAUGACCUGCCCGGUUUAUCUGUAUGUGAUGAGUGUGUGUAGUAAGUGUGUGAGAGAGUGUGUGUUUGUGUGUGUUUUU